GAAGAAGAAGAAGAGAAAACUGUUAUCUUAAUGUUUCGAUGUUAAUUGCUUCGUGAUCGAGUGGAACAGCAGUAAUCGUGAUGAUCGAUUGUCGUCGGUGAUUUCGUGAAUCGCAAUUAACUAUGUCAAUUAAGUGUCAACAAACAUACGGAUGCGUCAAAUAAUUUUAAUAAACAUCUACUCUUAUACUAAUUGGACAUUCUUAUACAGUAAAAAACUCUCGAAGCUAUCCUGAUGCAAUCACCGAUCAGCUUGACAUGUGACAUGUAAAAUAAUUUGUGUGUAAUUUGUAUUCGAGCUGUCUUACCAUGAUCAAUGAAUAAGACAGGCUUGAAUCUGCGAUCUUCGCAAAGAAACCUUUUUUUGAACAUACUAGAAAGCAUUGAAGAAUAUUAAAGUCCUGAAUAAAUACAAUGAUGAUUGAAAUAAUUAUGGAUUACAAAACGCAGAUCAGUUGUGCGAAGAAGGUAUUAUGGAUUACGAGUAAUUCAGGAAAAAAAGAAGAAAAACGAGGAGAAGCAAAUGGGAAUUGGCAAUUUUUCACGAAAGAUACGUUUACAUCGUUUAUUCGGUAGUGUUAAAAUGAUGUGGCUCGUAGUUCAUUGCAAAUAUCAGCUCUCAAGGAUCAUCCCAAGCGAAUUAUAGAACAACCAGAAAUUGAAUAAUGAAAGGCUGUAUUAACGGUGAAACACUGAAGGUAUCCUUGGCAUUCAAUUGAGCCCUUUUACAGAGAAAGUCAUCAUCAUGGCACUCGAUAACCCGUCGUACUUCUCGAUCGUCGGGACGUCAUCGUCGAAAGCGACAGCGACGACGACGAUAUCGGCAUCCCCGACGUCGCCUAGGGGUUUCUCCGCUUUAUUUCGCCGAAGAGCAUGCAAGAUGGGCGCGGCAGCUUCGUCCCAGGGUGGCGUCCUGAUCUCGGGAUCAACGUCCAGUGUGCACCACGGUAACGCGUCAGGCACGUCGGCGCCGUCGACGCCGACGGAGGAGCGCGUCCCGAUGCUGUCGCGGAACGGCGCGAUCCAACCCGGAUGCAACAAGAGGAGAAGCUUCCGCAAUCUUUUCCGGUCCGUGAGCGCGAACGCGGAACACGAGAAGACUCAGAAGUUCCUCAAAGGCGACCCGAGACCGUCCGACGUUGCGCCGCCGUCGCCGUACCUUCCUCAUAGGUCGCAUUCGCACUCCGAGAAAGAUCGACGUCAUCUUGGUCGGACCAGGAGAGUCUUAAAAUCUGCCGGAGAACUUCUAUCCAAUGAUAUGAUCUAUUGCGGUGUAGAAAGAGGUAAUUCCAAGGAUCAUAACGGUAACGAGGACAAUACCGGUAGCAAUGACAAUACCGCAGAAGUCUUCUUCGAUGAGGACGAUAAGAGAUAUUACAACGUUUCCUCCACUCUUCCCACAACCGCCAGUCGAAGGAGGCACUCGAUCGGCACUUUUCUCGGAAAAGAAACAGGCGGUAAUAUAACGGCUCCUGGACGACAAACAGGAGGAUCCAAGAAUCUGUUGGAAGCAGAUACGGUGGCAGCCUCGAUACCGCUCGACGAUAUCGAUGGCAUGCAUUGCAAUGAGAGCAAACAACCGUCUUGCAACAGAACUAAGCGAAGAAGACAUAAGAAUUCAUCCAAUAGAGGGUCGCAUUCAGCUACGGUCUUAUCAAGGGACGGGCACGCAGAAGACGAUGUCGUCUUGGUCUCUAGCAAGGAAAGCGAGGCUUCUAAUCUGUGGGUUGACUACCUUACCGGAUGUUUCGAGCAAAUCAGCCGUCAACAAGGACGACCGCCGUUCAAAGUACGUCACAUCGCGAUCGAAGAGCCGAUAGCACCGAAAACGGAAGAGGGGAUCCGAUCCUCUCGCCUCCAGAUCGUCAUCGUAUGCCCGAUAUUGCUGGAACGCGUCCGGACCAGUCCGGAGCACGCCGUCCAUCUGACCAGCCACCUGGUCGCCGAGAAGGUGCUGGCGAUGAUGCUGGGCGUUCAUGACAGUCACAUCAACGACACUCAUAGGUCCAGCCUGGUCUCCUAUGACCAGUGGAGGAAAUUCUUUGUGAAGGACCAGAACGAGACGUUCGUGAGUGAAUUGCUGGGCGCAGCGGUCGCCAUUCUAGGCACUACGCCGCCGCCAGCCCUAAGAAGCGAUAAAACUGCAUUCUCCGUGCAUCCGAAGAAAGUCAAAUUGGGACAAAACAAAAUAAUUGUUUUGCUAAACGAUCCGUUGAGUCCUAGGGAUAAUGUCUCCGUAAUCGUCGAUCGUUGCGGCGACGCGAUCGACAUAAGCAACGUCAAAAGAAGAAAUCCUUACGCGCUGCAAUUUUCGAUACCAGAAAGAUGUCUCGAGGUCUCCAUGCUGGUUGGCGUGAGAAUAACAAAAAAUGGAUGUUCGCUCGGCGUUAGGCAAGUCAAAUGCGAAAGCAGACUCAGGGAAUUAGAUCAGAUUCUCAGAGCGCACGACAAUCCCCUCGAGUUUAUGUGCCAGACUUUCGGCUUCAGUUCUACUGAUCGGGAACAAUUGGACAAUUGGAUGGUCCAUGCAUUUCAGAAGAAUAUCCCUCCUCAUUUCAAUCUUUUGUCUACCCCGAGCGGUAUGGUGCCUACCAAUAAAAAUCAUAUAAGUUCAGAAGAGAAUCCAACAUUGCUGCAUUUCGCCGCGCGAUUUGGCCUGGAAAAACUAGCGUGGCAAUUAUUGGACUGUCCCGGUGGCGAUCUAGCGUGCGACUUGAAAAACGUUUCCGAGCUGACACCGGCCGAUCUUGCCGAUCAAGCUGGACACGCGAGACUGGCCCAUCAACUGCGGGGCUACAUGCAAAUGAACGAGUUCACCAACAUGUACAGCUACCUCAAAGUUAUGAGUCAGACGACAAAUAAACCAGGAACAAAUUCAACUACGGACGUCCCGUCGACCGUCACAAAUGAAACCAGCGGCGAAAAGGAAGAUUAUUGUCGACCAAGGCCCUUGAGCGAGGCUUACUCGGUACCACCGAUCGCAAGACCGGUAACGAUUCUGACCCCAAGUCUGCAAACAGCGAGUACCUCUAGCACGACCACAAGUACCUUAGCCGCAAAUUACUCGAUCGUGCCGACGCCUACGCCAGUAAUUAAUAACCAGCUGCCAUCCACACCCACAACCUUGGUCACGUCAAACGGACUGGAUACAUCUUUCCAAGGUUACAUGAAAAUGCAUGCCACCGAUUAUUCAUUUACCACAAAUGCUCUUCACCAUAACAUAAUUGGUUCAAAAGCAAUUACACCGAGUACGACGAAUCUACCACCGUCCCGAACGGGUACACCUACUCGUCAGGAAUGUCAUCAAAGUUCAUCGGGAGCGCGAGAGGAUAAUUACGGACAGAAAAUGUGUCAGAAUCAUCCCUAUGGCAGAACGUCAUCCAAUAGCAGUACUAAAUCCAGAGAACCGUCAGGCCCCCAGGACGAGCUCCUGGAGAUAAUAAACGAUUUCAAAAACAAUGUCUUCACGAUAUCUGAGGUAGAGAGGCUCGUUGAAAAUUGGCAGAAGCGAAACGACGUUCAGCAAAGUUUCAAAGAUAAGCAACGACAGCUUAUGGCAAUGCGGGAGGAAUACGACAGAAUACAAAAAAGAAUGAAAGAAGAGAUGAAGACGCCGACGCCUUUUGAGAAGAUACGAAAAUUCUUCUCCAAGGGGAAGAAAGAUACGAAGGAAUCUGUUAGCGUUGCCACCGAUUCCUCUACGAGCAAAUCCGAAAGUAUUAACGGUGGAUUAGCUGAUCGCCGGCCUGUCAGCAGUUUAAGUCUUCGUAGUGUCUCCAGUUCAUCAUCAUCUGGUAGAAUGAGCACUGUCAGCGGUUGCAGCGGUGCAAGCUUGGGCGACAGUGGAACCCAUUCCGAUUCCGAAGACAGAAGACUCCAGAAUGCCAGGGAUGAAAAAACUAGCAUGACGUCCUACGAAAUACCACCUGCGCCUAAACCGUUCACAGGCAGGUAUUCACCGGCGUCCGGGUAUUCCCCAUCACCGAGUCUUUCAAUCACGCGUGAUCUUGAUCUGCGACAAACACAAUCACCGUCCAGGGCCGACGAUAACGAGUAUUACAUUGCGUUCCCACCAUCGGGAUUGCCUGUUCAUGCGUUUAAAGCGGACGGUUCUCCGAGGGAAUCAGAAACGCCGAGCUCGCCGUGCGAACAUCCGAAGUAUCACGACUUCGUCCAGAACGUCACCGUCUCGUCGGACAAACAUCAGGGGGAAACCGAAGUGACGAAACACGCUGUCAACAACAGCUACACGAACAUCGAACCGGUGGCAUCGAAUUUCACUCCAAUCGCGCCGCCAGGAAUGUGCAUUCCGGACUACAAGAGCAACGAAUCGACAUCCAUCGAUUUCGUUCACGUGGAUCGGGAAGCCGCGAAGGAGCACCUUGACGAUACCACCGAGGAGUGUUCCAACAUCGUGAAGCCGCCGCUCGUUCAACCUACCGUUGACGAGGUCGACUCUGUGCCUACUGUUCGAGGUCAAGAGCCCGCCGAGACAAUACGCGAUGAGAAACACGUGCCGGCGAACUCGGCGAACAUUUCGAAGAACACGAAUGAGGCCACCGAGACUAGAAUGCCGGAAUACAUGAACCUUGCCGUUAAUAUGGGUCACGAUGCUGCCAAGGUUCUCGGCGCAAUACCAAAGAAGUUGCCUGCACCACCCGUGCCACCGCGAGGUACAACCUUUCACACUGUGUAAUUUCACGCGGACAUGAACACGCGACUUUUGUAAUGCAAAAACAUAGAUAAUCGUUAUGUUAAGAAUCAAGUCAAUAAAAAUAUAUGUAUGAGGAUAUUAAACUCACAGCGAAAUUCUC